AUGGUUUACAACGUCCCUGCCGAGGAAAGCGAGCCCGUCGUUACCAGCCACAUCAACGGCAGCACCGAGGAAAUCCUUGCCAGAUACUGCAUCACUGAACUAUGCAAGGGCUGGCCCGUCUACCGUGAUGCCUCGGAAUGGAAGAACUAUCGCAGCCUGUUCACCAAGGAGGGCGCAUAUGUCUGGACCACGUGGUCGGGAGGUCUGUCCAUUGAAGAUUUUAUUGCCGUGUCGAUCAAAGGCCGAGCCAAUGGCGACUUCAUCAUGCACCGUGAGAAUGGUACUCUCGCCAACGUGAACCUGGCCAAACAACGCGGCGUCGGUAAGAUGAAGGCCACCAUCACACAACGAUUCACCAUCCAAGGUAUCCCCGUCGAUAUUGAAUGCGAUUGCCGAUUCAUUUUCUUCUGCAAGAUCGAAGAUGGCGAGUGGAAGGCUCAAUUCGUCAAGCUCUUCUAUGAGAAAGACAAGAUGAUCCCGGUGGAUGGCAGGACUGUACCUACUUUCUCCAAGGAAGAGCUGGAUAAAUAUACCGAAGGAUACAAGUACCUGGCGGUUGCCCAGAACAGCCUGGGUCACCCCAUCUUGAACGAUUUGCCCAACGCUGGUAAUAAGGGUUGGUACGAUAUGUACAAGGCCAUGGCGGACUGGCUUCAAGGUGAAGAAAUAAACCUUUUCUGGGAGAAGAAGUAG